CAAAACAAUGCUUCAUUAAGCUUCGGAGCGUUAUGAAUCUUUUUUGUCGAAUCAUGAUUCGGAUCGCGUGUCAAACCGCCAAACUGCUGAAAUCACGUGACUUUGGCGCUCCGAACCGCUGAUUCGACACAAAAGAUUCAUAACGCUCCGAAGCUUCAUGAAGCAGUUUUUGAAAUCGUUAUUUUGUUUUUAUUUUAUUUAUUUUUUAUUUUAUUAUUUUGUUUAUUCUCGUCGCUUUAUAAUAUUAUUAUUGAACCACUGUGCUCACAUGAACUGAUUUAAAUAUGUUUUUAGUACAUUAAUGGAUCUUGAGAGAGGAAAUGUCAUUGCUGGCUAUGCAGGCCUCACUGAUCCAUCGGAUUUCAACAGAAGUAUCUUAAUUUGCGUUCCGAAAAUGAAUGAAGGUCUUACAGGUGUGGAACGACAUGAGGGUGAGUAAUAAAUGAUAUUAUUUUCAUUUUUGGGUGAACUAACCCUUUAAAACUAAGAUAAGUUUCCCUAGCUGAAAAAUAACCCAUAGUAUAGGCCUAUAUUAGGCUACUUUACAUGCUACUUGAUUUGUAAAAAUAUAUAGCCUAGAAGUUUUAACGUUUUUAACUAUUUUGCUGGUUUGUGGUUCCUAAAUGCUGCUGAAAAAAAAAACAAAAAAAACCAAAAAAAAAAACCUACAGCCAUUAUGUAAAUAAAACACAAAUGUCUCUCUCUGUUCAAGGGUUUUGUGUAAAUCGCCCAUUAACACCUUCAUGAACGAGAACCAUGAAUAGACACACCGUGUAUAAAGCACGCGAUUCCUCAACAGGCCUUCAUUACUCUGGUCUCUGUACUUCAGCUACCGUCAGAGUUGAGGAGAUGCCAUCGUGUGAUUUCUGCGGAUACGGACCGGAUGAGAAUAUCGUCUCAUUCUACAAAUUCCCAUUACAAGAAGAGCAUCGCCGCCAUUGGAUAGUGAAUAUGGGGAGGGACGCUGAAUGGACGCCAUCUGACUCCUCAUUUUUGUGCUCCGCGCAUUUCACUCCGGAUUGUUUUGAAUCUGGAUCUUCGCGUUUACACUCAGACGCGAUUCCGACUGUAUUUAAUUUUACACAGACCACGAAUCAGGUUCUAAAGGACACUGAAAAUAUCCUUCCACACCAAGGACCACCUGAAUCAUUGGACUUAUCCAGAUCACCCUGCUGUGACUCUUUUAAACAUCUGCAGGCAACAGAAAGAAAUUACCAUCUGAAAUUAGCUGCUGCUCAGCUUCAGCUAAAAGAGUACAAAAAGAAUCUAGCGGAAGAGUCACGGAAAGCAACGCAAUGGCAGAAGAGAGCAAUAGUUUUGCAGAGUGCAAUUAGAGCAAUGAAACAAAGGGGGUCAAUACCUGCAACAAGAAAAACAUCUACACCUAAAACUAAUAAUUUGGACUGAA